CCGCUGAAUAAACAAUUGCUUAAUAAAAUCCCUUCGUUUGGAGGAAGAGCGGAUCAAGUUAGCUGCACCACAUCUUUAAUUCAUUAAGUUAUCCAACAAAGCGGUGAGAUGCCUGUGUUAGGGAACGUGGGAAGUACUGCAUUUGAAAACUACUAAGACGAGGAAGCUUGCAGCAACAUGCGGGUGUCUUGUUGCGGCUGCAGAUUUUAGGCUAUCGUUUUGUUGUCAGCAGAACAAUUACACCAAGGAAUAAAACCAUUGUUGUGGUUAUAUGCUCUAUAUCUUCUUCAGAAUUGAAGGAGAUCCGCUUCAAUCGCGAGAUCAACUUCACCUCCUCGUCAUCAUCUGAUAGCUGUCCAGGCGCGACCAUUAAAAUGGAGCAAGGUUUGGACCACUGGGCGGACAUUUUGGUUGUAGUGCUCUAUUUUGUUUUCGUGUUGGCAGUGGGACUUUGGUCUUUAUGUCGCCCAAACCGUAGCAGCGUCAAAGGGUACUUCCUCGCUGGGAGGGAUAUGAUUUGGUGGCCGGUGGGCGCUUCACUCUUUGCCAGUAACAUCGGCAGCGAACAUUUCAUCGGACUGGCGGGAACAGGAGCUGCCUCUGGCAUUGCCAUAGUAAUGUACGAGUGGUCUUCCAUGCCACUCGUCAUGCUGCUUGCAUGGGUAUUUCUGCCGGUUUACCUUGCAUCCGGAGCCUACACGUUACCAGGUUACCUACAGAAGCGUUUUGGCGGCCAACGUCUCCGAGUGUACAUCAGUUUCAUCGCCCUCGUGCUGUAUAUAGUUACCAAGCUUGCCGUUAGCAUCUACGCAGGCGCCCUCUUUAUCCAGCUUGCCCUGGGCUGGGACAUGUAUGUAUCCAUUGUCGUCCUGUUGGCUGUCACUGCCGUCUUCACCGUGCUAGGUGGACUAGCCGCGGUAAUAUACACAGACACCUUUCAGACCAUAGUCAUGAUGAUAGGGGCGGUGGUGCUUAUGGCCAUUGGCUUCGUAAAGGUGGGAGGUUACAACAACCUUAUCCUGGCGUACACGGCUGCAGUACCGACGGUACGUGAUCUGAACUCCACGUGCGGUUUUCCGCGGGAAGAUGCAUUCCACAUGUUCCGUGACCCGGUGACCUCUGACCUCCCAUGGCCUGGCCUCAUUUUACAAUCCACCAUUGGCUGUCUCUGGUACUGGUGUGCUGACCAGGUCAUAGUUCAACGUGCCCUUGCAGCGAAAUCCAUCACUCACGCCAAGGGCGGGGCAAUCCUAGCCGGUUACCUGAAACUCCUCCCUAUAUUCAUAAUGAUAUUGCCCGGAAUGAUGGCACGAGCUCUUUAUCCUGAGGAGGUCGCGUGUGUGGAUCCUGCAGAAUGUGAGAAAUACUGUGGCAAUCCGGUCGGCUGUUCCAACAUCGCUUACCCUAAGCUGGUACUUACUCUUUUGCCAGUAGGUCUGAGAGGACUGUUAAUGGCAGUAAUGAUGUCAGCUAUCAUGAGCUCUUUGACUUCAAUCUUCAACAGCGCCAGUUCUAUCUUCACUCUGGACCUGUGGAGACGAUUUCGCGGGAAAGCAACUGAACGAGAGCUACUCAUUGUUGGACGAGUGUUCAUCCUGUUUAUGUGUGUGAUAAGUAUACUAUGGAUUCCGCUGGUAAAAUCAUCCCAGGGUGGGCAGCUGUUCAUCUAUAUCCAGGCCGUGCAAGGCUACCUCGGCACGCCUAUCGGGGCUUUGUUCCUAUUAGCAAUAGCGUGGGGAAGAAUGAACGAACAGGGUGCAUUCUGGGGAAUCUUGGCUGGUCACACGUGCGGAGUCAUCAGAAUGAUUCUUGACUUCAGUUUCCCAGGCCCAAAAUGCGGUGAACCAGAGACCAGACCAGAAAUUCUCUACAAGGUCCACUAUUCCUAUUUUGGUUCCUUGACCAUCGUGGUGACAAGUUUGGUCACUAUUGUGGUCAGCUUGCUGACCAAACCACUGGAUCAAAGGCUUUGUGGACUCACGUGGAAAACACGGUGGGACGCAUUCAGGGGAAUACAAGCUGGUUCUCCUUCUGAUGCCGUUGACGUGUCCAGCUACGCCUCGGAGACCGGGGCUCCUGAUUACAACCCGGUUCCUAUGGUGGCCGUGCAGAAAUCCCAAGACACAAAUUUAGAAAAAGAAACGAAGUCUGAAACGGGUAUCAACGGCAUGAAGGAGUUAACAGCGAAAGAGCAAAUAUUAGAGGGUACAGAAGAAAACAAGAUCGAGCACCAGGAGGAGUCGAUGUCCACAGAAACAAAAACGACCAUUUUACGACAUUGGGUCCACUUCGUUUGUGGCAUACCGGAAAUAGCUCAAGCCAGUGUAAAUGAUGCAGCCGUUAGAAUGGCCGCGAUGAUAGAGAGUUCAAAGUGGAGAUUUAUUCUCAACGUCAAUGCCGUUAUUGCAUUGGCCAUAAUGAUGUUUUUGUGUGGGUUUUUUGCAUAAAUUACAAUGUAGGCAGUGUGUGGCCUGUGUGUAACAUUGAUCUCAGGCUCAUAAGAAUGGCAUCAGUUUGUUUUUUCGUAAGGAUUUCUAAAAAAUGAAAUACUGUAAGGAUUUCUAAAUAAUGAAAUACUAAUUAAAUUGUAUUUUUAUUCCUUUUUUGAUUCAAAAUCUUAUUGGGCCUCAAACUAAAUUUUGUUUGGUUGCCACGUUAAUACCAUAACAGAACAGUCAUGUGUCACUUUCUUGUCCUGAAUACCAAAACGUUUUAUGCAAAAUAGGUGCUCGAAGACGAAAUGAGCACUAUCAUGUAAACUAUGAAAUUUCCUUUACCACGUAUAUAUAAUCAUAGUGAGCUUAAUGAUAAUGUUACAUUCACAAAAAUAAACUAUUGCCGAAACCACAUUUUUUUAUUUUGCAGAGCCAAAAUUUUUGAAACAUUUUUGAUUUCAUAAAUUAAAUAAAAGACAUUAUAACCUACACUAAAUUCCGCUCGUUUCUCUUUGUAAGCGCCUGUCGGCCACAUUUAUGUUAGCUUGAUUGGAUACUUUAAUUCGAUUCUAUAUAAUUCUAGAUCAAAAUAACGGUAAAGUAGCACGAUUUGAAACGCCGCCAUGCGACAUCUAACUUGAAAUUUUAACAAGUUUUUUAUACU